ACGCGUUGCACUUGUCAAACAAAUCGCCGUGGUUUUCGGGCUGAGGCGGUUCCGCGCCUGCCGCUUCCCUUGAGCACCGUGAUGCGGCAGCGCUGCCGACUGGUUGCUUAGUCUCUCUCCGCCAAGCCACAGAGAGGCGAAACCCGCGCGGCGCCUCAGAUCAGUUACGUUGUAAACGGGCUUUUACAGAGGAGCGGACUUUUGGGUAGCGUCGUCGUCGCUAUGGGGAGAAGGCGGAGAGGCGCGCCCGCGUACGACGAGGAUUUCUCCUUCGUCAGCCCGGUGGUGAAAUACUUACUCUUUAUCUUCAACCUGAUUUUUUGGAUCAUCUCUCUGGUGAUGGUGUCUAUCGGCGUGUACGCCCGCAUGAUGAAACAUGCAGAGGCAGCCAUGGCCUGUCUGUCGGUGGACCCUGCUAUUCUCCUGCUGGUGGUGGGGGUGCUCAUGUUCCUCAUCACCUUCUGUGGCUGUGUGGGCUCCCUCAGAGAAAACAUCUGCCUCCUACAGACGUUCUGUGUCUGUCUGACGGUAAUCUUCCUGCUGCAGUUAACUGCUGGUGUCCUGGGUUUCGUCUUCUCAGAUAAGGCCCGGACCAAAGUGAGUGAUCUCUUCAACAAUGCCAUCGUCCAUUACAGAGAUGACAUCGAUCUCCAAAACCUAAUUGACUUUGGUCAGAAAGAGUUCAGCUGUUGCGGUGCCGUGGCCUACACUGACUGGUCUCAGAAUGUAUAUUUCAACUGCACCCUCGAUAAUCCCAGUAGGGAGCGCUGUUCUGUACCCUUCUCAUGUUGUCAUAUAGCCAAUGAUAAGGCAGUUAUUAACACCAUGUGUGGCCAAGACAUGCAGGACAAGGACUACCUCCAGGCAGGGGCCUACAUUCACACCAAUGGCUGCAUUGACAAGUUUGUCAACUGGAUCCACAGCAACCUUUUCCUACUUGGAGGCAUUGCCUUGGGACUUGCUAUACCACAGCUGGUGGGGAUCCUCUUGUCUCAGAUUCUGAUCAACCAGAUCAAAGACCAAAUUGAACUGCAGGACUACAAUGACCAGCACCGCUUCGAUCCGUGGCGCUGAGCCGGUCUGGGUCAACGGCAGAUCGAUGUGAACAGAAAUAUGGUGUCACAGCCAGCAAUGGGUUGGGGGUAUGGCAGGUUGGGUUCCCAACAAAUGAAGUUCCCAACAAAGGUGACGAUGUUCAUCCUCAGCGUGAGACUCUCAAACACACACACACACACACACACACACACACUAGUGAUGUGGACUAUGGUGAAUUUGUGAUGUGUUGGGCAUUGGGAAGAAGACCAGUCAAAGAAAGACCACAUGCAGGUGAAGUGAGAUGUAGCUUGGCAAGAAGGAAAGACAGCGGUCUGAUCCUCAAGUGUCUGCAAACUCUUGGAUCUUAUUCCCAAAACCAUCAAUUUCCUCCAGUUGUGCAAGUUCUAUCAGGAUUAAGAGGCAGACGAAAGCAAAAGCGAACUCUGCUGCUGGGAUUUUUGUUUUUGAAAACAUUGUGGUUUGCACUCAGAAAAAAAAAACUUUCUCCAAAUAAUGCAGAAGAUUCAGUAAUAUAAUGAGACAUUUGGAGACUAUUUCCUGGCGUGAGAGUAAGCCAAAUCUUUCAACACAUUGAAUGGAGAUGUUACAUCGCUUUUCAAGGAACAGUUGUAAUUUUGUUUAUACGGGACGAAAAGACCCUCGACUAAACUGGUCUGCUGGACUGCCCUGAAGCCCAGUCAGAUUAAUGGCAUUGUCUUCAAUGAGAUUGAUGAUGAGCGUGUACUGGAGGAGCUGGAUCCGGGAAAGUUUGAAGAUCCCCGGGUCCAAUUGUGGAGCCUUCCUGCACUAAGAGUAAGGUAGCCCAGAAAGCUGCAAACAGUCACCCUCCUGGAUGCCAACCACUCUAAAAACCUUGCCAUCACAUUACAAAAGGCCAACAAGACCACAGGAGAUCUGCAAAGCCAUAGAGAAAUUUGACCUAAAGGCCUUACCUGUCGACUUUGUGGAGUGUGUGAUGCGAUUUCUGCCCGCGGAAGCGGGAUGUGAGUGACGUCCACUCAACCAGCUUGCUGAGGAGCGCCGCAUCAUGCUCCUGUUCAGCAAGAUAGAGAGGCUCACCCAGAGGAUGAACAUCAUCACCUUUGUUGGAAACUUCACUGACAAUGUCAACAUGCUUACACCACAGUUGAAUGCCAUCAUUCAACUGUUGAUUAAUGAUCAAUGAUGAUGAAUGGUUGGGAUAUUGGCCUGCCAAGUUGGGCCAUACCUGCCAUUUAACUGGGAAGCAUCUGACCUUGAGCUGAGGAUUUAUUCUUUGUACUACAUGAUUUCAGAACCACCGGGAUUGUGUGAAAACGUGUGAACAGAGCAACUGUGCUCUUUUAAAAUAAUGUGUAGUGGACUUAAGCUGGACAAACGGCCAAACCUUGGACAAACAGCUGGAAAACUGGGAAGCUGUCCUAUUUAGUAGUACUGUCUCCCCCUGGUGGACAUACAACAGGCCUGCAGUCCAGAUGAUGGACCUUAUCCCAUCCAUGACUUUUUCAGACCUUGGUGUCAAACCUGGCAAUGAGCUUUUUGGAUGCCAGAGCUCUUGUUGAUCUUUAACUAGGCACCGUUUUAGUUAUUUUCCACGAUGAGCUACUUUAUUCUUUUACUAUUCUUAUUUUCAUCAUCGAAACAGGAAACCGGACUGGGAACUGAUGUCUUUCACUUGCUUCAGCUGCAUCCACCUUUCAGAACGCUUUGCUAAAUAACAAGCAAAAAAGUAUUGUAUGGAAAAGUGAGAUUUUCAAAUUUCAAUUGAUUAAUGAAGACCUACCAUUUCAAUUAAAAAAAAAAAGUCAAAUAAAGGAUCUAUGCACACUCUAAGAUGUAGCUUCAUUGCUCUGAGAUGGGUUGUGUUUAAGGUUUAGUUGAGAGGUUUUACUUUAGAUUACAUUGUUUUGCAUCCUGAAAUUGUAACUUUUUGUGGUGUAGCUGAAAUGCAUAUUUUCAGUGAAUGCGUUUCGACUUGCGUCUCUCAAUAAUGUAUACAAUUUUAAUUUUGAGACAUUGCACAACGCAUAUUGCCACUUUGUUUGUCAUCUUGAUGCUUGUUUCUCGGUUAAUGCUGUCUGUACUUCCAUAGACUCCAUGCCUUUGAAAUAAUAUUUACCCACAAACGCCCUGUGUUAACAAAACGUUUGUGAACCCUCUAACAAAAAGGCUACACAUAAUAAACACUUCGGUUUACAAAACAAGUCCAAAGUGUUAGAGUGUUUACGCUGGUGUUGGGCAUCUUCAUAACAUGGCCAUGUUGGGCCGAUGUCCUGCGUGGACCGGCACGUGAUGUCAUUUCCUCUCUGUCAUUUAUGCCGGCUGAGAGUCGGGAUGAACUCACUGAUGAUUUUGUGGAGGUGGAUGAGUCAAUAUUCUUCCAUUACCAACAGAGAUGUAAUU